CGGAGCCAGCCACGCACCCUGCCAGCAGUUACUGGGUUUUACUAUUAAAGCUGAUCAGCCUGGCUGAGCAUUUCACUGUUGCCGCGUCACUCCUUGGGCAUGGUCUUUCCCUCGUCACGCUGCCAAAGAUGUCACAGUCCGAGGCAGGUAGAAAGACGAUAACAUGACGGGUAACCCAACCAUCUACCUUCCCAGAUGCUUCUAUCUUCUCUGAGCACCGUUUACAGACUGGGUGCCGUUGGAGUAGACUGCCAGGGGAAUAGUUUUGUGCGCUCUCCUCUCUUCUGCACGGCUCCAUCCCUUCCCUCGGCAAUGUUCUUUUUUGUUCUUCCAUUACUCAACAGCGCCGUCUGUCAUUUCUGAACUUUUAGCGCCGCGGUGCAACAGUUUCUCCGCUCCCAGUGCGCGGAAGACUAUGAAGACCACGCGGAAAUGCCGCGCGUUGCUCUCGGUUGGACUCAACCUGGUCGCGCUGUUUUUUUCCACCACCGCGUUCAUUACGACGUACUGGUGCGAGGGCACUCAGCGCGUCCCCAAGCCCAACUGCAGCAAGCAGCGGCGGCACAACUGCAUAGACAACGGCACAAACGAGACAGACAAGAGCAAGGUCCACUACAGCUGGGAGACCGGAGACGACCGCUUUCUGUUCCGCCGUUUCCACACCGGGAUCUGGUACUCCUGCGAGGAGAACAUCCACGGUCCAGGUGGUGUAGGUGUUCUGGAGGGCAGUCAGUGUGCCCCCGAUGAUGUGUUGGGCUGA